UUCCAGCACCCCCCGGGGCCCGGUCCCCCCCGAGCGCUCCAGGGCCGGGCCUGGCGCAGGGCCCCCGCCGCUGUUAAUGCCUCACCGGCCGGGGCCCCACGGGCAAAGGGGGUACUCGCAGGACGCCGAGGGCAGCUGGUUCCGCUCCCUGUUUGUGCACAAGGUGGAUCCCCGCAAGGACGCGCAUUCCAACCUGCUCUCCAAGCGGGAGACCAGCAGCCUCUACAAGAUCCAGUUUCACAACGUGAAGCCGGAGUGCCUGGAUGCCUACAACGGGCUGACGGAGAAGGUGCUGCCCAAGCUGCACUUGGACCCGGACUACCCCUGUGACCUGGUGGGCAACUGGAACACUUGGUACGGGGAGCAGGACCAGGCAGUGCACCUCUGGCGCUUCUCCGGGGGGUACCCAGCACUCUCGGACUGCAUGAACAAGCUCAAGCAGAACCAGGAGUACCUGGAGUUCCGCAGGGAGCGGAGCCGGAUGCUGCUGUCCCGCAGGAACCAGCUGCUCCUGGAGUUCAGCUUCUGGAAUGAGCCCCUGCCCCGGCAGGGACCCAACAUCUAUGAGCUCAGGACCUACAAGCUGAAGCCAGGGACCAUGAUUGAAUGGGGCAACAACUGGGCUCGGGCCAUUAAGUACCGUCAGGAGAACCAGGAGGCUGUGGGGGGGUUCUUUUCCCAGAUCGGGGAGCUCUACGUCGUGCACCACCUCUGGGCCUAUAGGGACCUGCAGUCCCGGGAGGAGACAAGGAACGCAGCCUGGAGGAAGACAGGUUGGGACGAGAACGUGUAUUACACGGUCCCGCUGGUCCGGACCAUGGAAUCCCGGAUAAUGAUUCCCAUGAAGAUCUCCCCCCUGCAGUGAGGAGGGGUCUGCCCACACCCCAAGGGGCUCCCUUCCUGCCUGCACCCCGGCCUCUGCUCUCCUGCCCCCCCCCCCCCCAUUAUGGGGUGGUCUGGGAUGGG